GCCCCGCAGCUGCCGAACCGCCCGCCCGCCCGCCUGCCCGCCCGCCGCCCGUUCGGCGCGUCAGUCGGCGGCGAGAGUCCGGUGGUGGGUGCGGAGCCCGAGCCCGUUCCCGCGGCGGCUUCAUCUUCCUCCCCGUCCCCCUCGUCCCCUACCCUCACCCUUUCUGCCCCCAUCCCGGCUCCGUCACCCUCCCGCCCCCUACACUCAGGACGAGAAUGCCCUGCCCGGAACAACCUAGCAGCGCCUAGAUGGCUUUGGUCACGGUCCAGCGGUCGCCUACCCCCAGCACCACCUCCAGCCCCUGCGCCUCGGAGGCCGACAGUGGGGAGGAGGAAUGCCGGUCACAGCCCAGAAGCAUCAGCGAGAGCUUUUUAACUGUCAAAGGUGCUGCCCUUUUUCUACCACGAGGGAAUGGCUCGUCUACACCAAGAAUCAGCCACAGACGCAACAAGCAUGCAGGUGAUCUCCAACAACAUCUUCAAGCAAUGUUCAUAUUACUCCGCCCAGAAGACAACAUAAGGCUGGCUGUAAGAUUGGAAAGUACUUACCAAAAUCGAACACGCUAUAUGGUGGUGGUUUCAACUAAUGGUAGACAAGACACAGAAGAAAGCAUUGUCCUGGGAAUGGAUUUUUCUUCUAAUGACAGUAGCACUUGUACCAUGGGCUUAGUCUUGCCUCUCUGGAGUGAUACCCUAAUUCAUUUGGAUGGUGACGGUGGGUUCAGCGUAUCAACAGAUAACAGAGUUCACAUAUUCAAACCAGUAUCUGUGCAAGCAAUGUGGUCUGCACUACAGAGCUUGCACAAGGCUUGUGAAGUGGCCAGAAUGCAUAACUACUAUCCAGGCAGCCUUUUCCUCACUUGGGUGAGUUAUUAUGAGAGCCAUAUCAACUCAGAUCAAUCCUCAGUCAAUGAAUGGAAUGCUAUGCAGGAUGUGCAGUCUCAUCGGCCUGACUCUCCAGCCCUCUUCACAGACAUACCAACUGAACGUGAACGAACAGAAAGGCUUAUUAAAACCAAAUUAAGGGAGAUUAUGAUGCAAAAGGAUUUGGAAAAUAUCACAUCCAAAGAGAUACGUACAGAGUUGGAAAUGCAGAUGGUGUGCAACUUGCGAGAAUUCAAGGAAUUCAUAGAUAAUGAAAUGAUAGUGAUCCUUGGUCAGAUGGAUAGUCCUACACAGAUAUUUGAGCAUGUGUUCCUGGGCUCAGAAUGGAAUGCCUCGAACUUAGAGGACUUACAGAACCGAGGGGUACGGUACAUCUUGAAUGUCACUCGAGAGAUAGACAACUUCUUCCCUGGAGUCUUUGAGUAUCACAACAUUCGAGUAUAUGAUGAAGAGGCAACGGAUCUCCUGGCUUACUGGAAUGACACGUACAAAUUCAUCUCUAAAGCCAAGAAGCAUGGAUCGAAGUGCCUUGUGCACUGCAAAAUGGGGGUGAGCCGCUCGGCCUCCACUGUGAUUGCCUACGCAAUGAAGGAGUACGGCUGGAACCUGGACCGAGCCUAUGACUACGUGAAGGAAAGGCGCACAGUGACCAAGCCUAACCCCAGCUUCAUGAGACAACUGGAAGAGUACCAAGGGAUCUUGCUGGCGAGCAAACAACGGCAUAACAAACUCUGGAGAUCUCAUUCAGAUAGUGACCUCUCAGACCACCACGAACCCAUCUGCAAACCUGGGCUCGAGCUCAACAAGAAGGAGAUGACCACUUCAGCAGACCAGAUUGCUGAGGUGAAGACUGUGGAGAACCUUGCAGCCAUGCCGCCUGUCUUUGUGGAGCACGUGGCUCCACAAGAUGCAAAUCAGAAAGGGCUUUGUACCAAAGAAAGAGUCAUCUGCUUGGAAUUUUCGUCACAGGAAUAUCAUGCCGGACAGAUUGAAGAUGAAUUAAACUUAAAUGACAUCAAUGGAUGCUCAUCAGGGUGUUGUCUCAAUGAAUCAAAAUUCCCUCUUGACAACUGCCAUGCAUCUAAAGCCUUACUGCAACCUGGACAGGCCUCCCAAGUGGCCAACGAGUUCCCAGACUUAGCAGUGGAAGAUUUGGAGACGGAUGCUCUGAAGGCAGACAUGAAUGUCCACUUACUGCCGAUGGAAGAGCUGACAUCGCGACUGAAAGACCUCCCCAUGUCACCUGAUCCGGAGUCACCAAGCCCCCAACCCAGUUGCCAAGCUGCCAUCUCCGAUUUUAGUACAGAUCGUAUUGAUUUUUUUAGUGCCCUUGAGAAAUUUGUAGAGCUUUCUCAAGAAAGCCGGUCUCGAUCUUUUUCCCACUCAAGGACAGAAGAACUAGGUGGAGGAAGGAGUGAGGGGUGUCGCCUGUCAAUGUUAGAAGUGACGCCUUCUGAAAUGGCAGCUGAUGACCAGAGAAGCAGUUCUUUAAGUAAUACUCCCCAUGCAUCUGAAGAAUCUUCAGUGGAUGAGGACCAGUCAAAGGCAGUCUCAGAACUUGUCAGCCCAGACAUCAUCAUGCAAUCUCACUCAGAAAAUGCAAUUUCAGUCAAAGAAAUUGUCACUGAAAUUGAGUCCAUUAGUCAAGGAGUUGGGCAGGCUCAGUUAAAAGGAGACAUACUCUCUAACCCAUGCCAUACACCAAAGAAGAACACCAUCCAAGAGCUGCCUCUGGAGAGGGCACAGGCACCUGAGAACAAAGCUGGACAUUUGGAGCAAGACGAGCGUUUGUAUGCAGACCAGCCUGAACUAGCCGAAGAAUCAGGGAAGUGCAACUCAGAAGGCUGUCCAGCCGCACACCCAUCCACACACCCAUCCACACACCCAUCCACACACCCAUCCACACACCCAUCCACACACCCAUCCACACACCCAUCCACACACCCAGCCGCACACCCAUCCACACACCCAUCCACCGUAGCCUUGGAAGAGGAGGAGCCAGGCGAGGGAGAACAGGACUGGGGCCCCGGGAUGCAGCCCGGUGCCAAGUGGUGCCCGGGGUCUGUGAAGCGAGCCACCCUGGAGUUUGAAGAGCGCUUGCGGCAGGAGCAGGAGCACCAUGGCGCGGCCUCUGCAGGCGCCACGCUAUCCAAUCGCAAAAACUCGAAGACGGAUUCUUCUGCAGCAGACCUAAUGCCAAAAUGGAGAAGUGAUGAAGCCACCCCAGAACAGUCAUGGCCCCUCAGAGAAGCAGAGAUGAGCAAGGGGAAAGGGAAACUGAGUGGGUCUGAAGCUGGACCACUAGCCCAUGCCGAGCAUAAUGCCACCGCUCCAGCCCCUGAGCUGCUGGAAAGUCAUCCCUUGCAAGCACCUCAGGACUGCCGAGGGUCAGAUGCUGGAACUAAGAAGCAGGAAGGAGACUUGAAGAAGCAGAGGACUGGGAUUCCAAACCAGGGAUUCGAGACACAGGCCAUCCCUCUUCCCCUUCCCAAGAGAAUAGAAAUCAUCGAGUACACACAAACAGUUACAUCACUUGAUCCCACUGAGCCAGGAGGUGAAUCAGCACCCAGCAAAGAGGGUGAAAAACAAGGGCUGAGGAAGGUGACGAUGGACAGGUCUGUCGCUAUGUUUUGUGCGCUGGAUGAAAAUCUCAACAGGACUCUGGACCCCAGCCAGGUUCCCCUGCAUCCCCAAGUGCUACCUCUGCCUCGCUCUUCCUCAGAGUAUGACAGGCUCACUCACCCAACCCCCAUGCUAAGUAGCCCUGAAGACCAGGGAAACAGGCCUUCAACGCCCUUGGAGAAAGCCGCACCUUUGGUCAGUUGCAGUACCCACACAGCCCCCGCCCACGUGGACUGCCUGCAUCCCCAGUCUGUGGUUCACCUGGAAGGCUGCACAGAGCAGAGCAGCACCACAGACCGCGAGCCGUCCACAGAGCGGGUUGGCUGGGCAGGCGGCCAGCAGGGCUUCCCUGCAGGUAGCGGUGGAUUGGCACACAGGUUCUCUCAGUUAAGUAACGAAGACCUAAGUUUAAUUAACAAACUUGGUGACAGUGUUGGGGUGUCACAGAAAAAACUGGACCCGUCGUCACCUGAAGCCUGUCGAAUCCCACAUAGCUCUAGUAGUGAAAAUAUAAGAAAUCUCAGCCACAGCCCUGGUGUAGUGAAGGAGCGCACUAAAGAAAUUGAGUCGCGAGUGACCUUCCAGGGAGGGGUCACCAAAACAUCACAAAUGAGGCGCUCGGCUUCUCUUGCCAAGUUGGGUUACCUGGACCUUUGUAAAGACUACUUAGCGGAGCGAGAGCUUGUCUCCUCGGAAUCCCCUCAUCUCAAAUUGCUUCAGCCCUUCAUCAAAACAGACUCAGGCAUGCAUGCCUUGAUGGCCCAGGAGCCCUCAGAAAGCCCAGGUGCCCACCAGAACCCACAGCCCACCAAGUAUUUUGUAGAGCAACUCAAAACAACAGAGUGUAUUGUGCAGAGCAAACCAGUGGAGAGGCCCCUUGUGCAGUAUGCCAAAGAAUUUGGGUACAGCCAGCAGUGUUUGCUCCCUAGGGCAAGACCAGAAUUGACUAGUUCUGAAGUAGGCUUUCCUUUGCUACAGACACAGGGCCUGCAGUGUACAGGCCCCGCUCCAGGGCUGGCCGUGGCACCCCGCCAGCAACAUGGCAGAACUCACCCCCUUAGGAGACUGAAAAGAGCAAAUGAUAAAAAACGGACAACCAACCCCUUCUAUAACACCAUGUGAUCCUGAGCCUGCACACACGGUUUUCUAAGAAAAAUGUUUGGGAAGGGCGGUGUGAUAUGUGAGGAACGUGCACUUUAUCAUUAAUUUUAUAAUAUUUUGUCAUUUUACUGUUCCUGGCUCAUGCAGGGUUUGAGUUUUUCCGUGUGUGUUGUGUGCGUGCGUGCGUGCGUGCGUGCGUGCGUGCGUGCGUGUGUGUGUGUGUGUGUGUGUGUGUGUUGAUUUGGAUGGCAAGAUCAUUUUAUCAUUUUUUAUUUUUAAAAAAUUCAAACCUCAAAAAAAUCUUUUUCAAAGAGCACCUUUAUCAAAGGUAAAUUGCUGUUUUUCAAUCACUGCCACCUGUCACUUUCUCAUUUGCCCUCUGAGAAAAACACUGCUUGACUGAGGGAAGAACAGAGGGCAGGUGGCCCUGAGGCUAGGAUUGAAGAGGCCUCACCAGGCCCACAGGGGCCUGCCCACUGAGGGCAGGAGGAGGUCGCUGCUCCGGCCUUCCUCUCCAGCCCUUCUUUGGAGUUCAUGAAGUUGCGGUUUCUGCUCUGCCUUAAGAGGCAGUUGAGACUCCGUUUCUUCUGGUAUCCCAGAACAUAUCAAUCAUUAUGAAAAAGGGAUUGGUGAUUGGCCUGGCGAUAGAAUUCUAUGAAGCAAAUAAUUUUCCCCAAGAAAACAAUCUGAAGAUCUAAGAGGACCCUAAGCCAAACUCCAGGUCGUCAGGAGAGAAGCGCAUUGAGAGAGGGUUGAAGCAGAGGUGGGAACACAGCCCUGAGUGACUUGUGGGUUAGUGGGGUCCACACAGGUGGCCUGGCCUCCCUGCUAGGUGACAGGCUCUGCCACAGGCUUGAAAAACAGCAGUGUCAGUGUGUUCUUGUCAAAUGAAUUCAUAUGUGGGGUUUUAACCCUUCCGUUACUUGAAUAUUCUGUGGGCCUUCUGAGUUGAAUGGCCAUAGUUUUCCAAUUCAUUUUCUUCUAUCUUGCUGUUUUCCCUCUCGUGCCCCUUUCUUAAUUUCACAAACUAUAUUUGAAUUGUUACAUUGAAUACAUAUAACCUAUUGAACACAGUUUUCUAUGUUGGCCCUGUUAACACUUGACCGAAGUUGGUUUUUUCCUCAUUUUCCUGGAAGGUUUGUCUUCUCUCUACAGUUCAUACACAGUAUUUAUGUACAUAAUGUCACUUUUUAAUGUUUUGUUGUUGAUAUUGUGGGGUCUUUUUUGAUUUAUUCUUUUUAAGGAGUAGAGUUGCAACUGGAAAACAGACACCAGAAAUAAACUGAUAGUUGUUGAUAGGAAUCUACACAGUAUAUUGAUGGUGACUUUAAUUGUUUUAAAUGGAAACUUCUAAUUGCCAGCUCCUGCCAAAUUAUGCACUUCCUCUUCAGAAGCCCUUGUAGGCUCCCGUUAGACCCCCCUGAAUGCUAACGUCUCAGAACAUUGUUUGCCAGAAUUGAAGCACAGCCAGGCAAUGUGUGUGUGUGUGCAUUGCUCAAAGGAGCCUCCUGUGGGGCUGAGACUUGGGGCGGCUCAGCCAAGGCACAGAUUCCAUUUAGGGUCUCAUUGCUUUGUUAUGUUGUGAUGAUCUUUAACACUGGAGGACCUGCUGUAAAUAAGCCUCUGAGAGUCUUCGAGAAAACGUCUGACCUGAAACAAAUAACCCAGUAACCCACCAUAGCGCAUCAAAACUGAAAAGGUCCACACAUUUGUUUCCUGCUGGCUUUUGUUGAUGUCCACGUUGCUGAGGAUUGUGUAGGUAAGAGCCAGGGACUCAGGUUUUUAAUUUAUCACAGAUUAUCAUCAGAGACAGAAUCUGGAGGGAGCAGAUAGUAGGAUACAGAAAAGGGAAACAGUCCAUCUCCAGAGCUGUGGGUCCAGUUGCCAUACUAAAGCCAUAGUUGGGUAUGAUGUCACUGCCAGGAGGCAGUUAGAGGCCAGCUGCUGAAAAUGUAUGGUGGAGGAGUUAUAUGUACCUGUGCUGUUGUUCGGUCGUUUCUUUAAAUGUCACAGCUUUGUGAGUCCUGUGUUGUCUCAUUAGGUGGUGUGUACCAGUGUGAGGGGGGGUUGGGAGGCAAGAUGAUGAAUUCCAGGGCUUUCUGCUAAAGAGCCCUGUCUACCAAUAUGAUGGUAGGACAGGAAAAUAUGGUAGAGUAAGGAAUAUCUGCAUGGAGGUUGAGAGAGUGGCAUCACCAAAAAAUAGUAAUAAAAGCUGGGUAUAGUGGCUCACAUCUGUAAUCUCAGCACUUGCUGAGGCAGGAGGAUCACUAUGAGUUGAAGGGCAGCUUAGGCUACAGAGUGAGACCCUGUGUCAAAAAAGGGACAUCUAUAUGCCACAUAUUAUCAACAAUGGGCACUAUCCUCUCAUUUGCCGAUACAGAAUGCAUUUCUCACAGCAAAGACUAAGAGAAAACCCUCUAAUGCUUUUUUUUUUUGUUGGGGGGAGGGGAGAUACCUAUUUCUAUUUUAAAAAAUGGAAGAAACCAUCUUGUGCUGUCUUCCUUCUUAAUUACAUUUCUUAUCAUUUAACUCACCUGCUUAGGUAUCUCACACAGGAUCUAUAAUUCAGCUAUGCCAAAACAGUCUUGCCGGCCCUCCCAAACCCCCACAUUUGGGUGUUCUUAAGUCAUGUUCAUGGCUAAGGCAGGUACAUAAUAAGCUUCAACUUUGGAUAAUUUUAGAUAGUCUCUUUGCCUUUUCUGUUCAUGGAAAGUCCAGACCUAACUGGUGAACAGCUAAGCAGGAAAAACCUUGACCUUGACCAGCGCUUCGCCUCCUGCUCAAUCCUUCCUGACUUUACUGUUUUUAAGACCACUGCAGUCCUGUCAGUGGUCCUGGAAGAGUGUGUGAGUGAGCACACAUGUGAGCACUUCCACAGGCUGGGCUAAGAGUUCAGUGCCUGGGAUGAUGGCCCCAAGCAGACAGGACUAGAGCUGUAGUCUGGGUGACCGGGAAGUAGGAGAGGAGCCCAGCCAGCUGUCGGCUUUUAGAAACAGCGGCAACAGAGCGGGGAGCUCUCACACCCACCGCAUUUGGUUGCCUCUUGUUCUUCUUAACACGUUUGCUCCUGCAUCCUCACCUCUUCAGGGUCUUCACCUUUGUCUCCGCCCUGGGUCCUCCUUUCUCAUUUUGGGAAAUACCCAGAGCUCCAGGGACAGCCUGGGAAUAUGUCCCAGGUUCUGAGGCCUCCUGCUCCCGAGCCUAGAUGCCUCAUCUGAGAAGUUUCAUUUAGUAAAAAAUGUUCUGUGGGAGUUGGGUUUUUUCUAAGAAAGCAUUAUGCAAAAAGUUUUAAGGGCAUUUUAAAGAAAAGCCAUUUUUUGGGCUUUUUCAAACUAUUUGUGGAUACUUUGUUUACUUUGUGAGUAUUAAAAUAUGCAUCAUUUUGGUGGCUACUCAGGCACCGAAGCCAUGUCUGUCCUGUGAGUCCUCCCCCAGAGAAAUGCCAUAUUAUUAUCAGCCCCUGUGGAUAAGUGGGUCAGGUGUGGCUGAUCUCCGUGUCCUGCACUCAUCCAGCAGUCUUUUUUCUCAGUGCUGGUGUGUGUGUCGUCAUAGUGAUGAUGGUGAUGGUGAAUGGGUAGUAUGGUGGUUUCAUUUUCAAUUUUCGAUGGUAGACAAGGUGACAUUUUCAUUGUCUCAGCACCAGUCCAACUGAAAGCAUCAUGGACAUUGUUAUCCCUUCCAGACUAAAAGAUCAAGCAUGUAUUGAACAUAAGUGUAUGUGUUGCCUCAACUCAUCUGGCACCCAUAUUAGGAAGAGGCGGGCCACCAGAGCAGGAAACUGCAUACUCCUUUCCCCCAGGCUUUGGGAUUUCUUGAUGCCAUGGAGAGCUAUUGCAAGGUGCUUCUGUAUUGCUCCAGCCUGAAGCGGAGGUGACUAGGCCUAGCUUCUGCUAUGAAGAGAACCAGCCUCAUCUCGGUGUCCCAGAGAUCUAGGAUGGGGUUUCUAAACUGGAAUCAUCCCUUAUCAGCUUGAAGAGCCCCCUCCCCCAAAAGUUAUAUGGCUGGGGCUGCCAUCUGUCUUCACAGUGCCCUGCCUACAGAGAGCUGAUACCCCAAAUGGAAAACUGAGGAACUAACCUGAUGUUUCCUAGUCAGUAAGCCCACAGGGAAUUGUUUGGUUUUAUGGGGGUUUUAUUGCGAUUUGUUUGGCAUAGCUAAAGGUGCCUUCCCCUCCCCCUUUUUUAAACUUUGUUUUGUAGGACUUGUUCAAAACACAGACAAGUCCAAAAGACUCGCACUGACUGUUACCUUUGCCCAGGCUACCCCAAACUUCUAUGCUCUCAUUUUAUUAAAUAAAAGCAGGUGCUCCCUGGAAUCUCUGGGACCUUUUUGAGGCAUUUAAAGCAGAAUAUAAAGAGUGGUCUCAUCUCCUUCCUUCAUCUUCCUGGUGGUUGGGAUGUCCCACUUGUACCAUAGUUGUUUUUAUUAUUACUGAUGUGCUCCGCUGUUUAUAAAUGUGAACUUGUGCGCAGAUGUGCAGACUCAAUGUUCUUGUUACAGAUUGAAUAAAUUUUUAUUUUGAAGACAAAA